UGCGGAUCUGUCUCUUGUGCUCGCCCUUUCUUCGACGGAGCGACUUGGAGAAACGCUCGACAGAGAAGCAACUCGUCUCAUCCUGCGUGUCUGUGAGGACCCCUGGUCAUGUCCGUUUAGCUCCCCUGCGUGAUGCCUGAUCAUGACAGCACCACCCUCCUAACCAGACAGACCAAGCGCCGACGUGUCGACAUUGGGGUGAAAAGGACUGUGGGUAGCGCGAUAUUCACCCGCGCCAGGGAGACCCUGCUUGACAGCAUGAACCAAUCGCACGGCAUUGAUCAGGAUGGGGACUGCUCAUUGGUCAGUCAUGGCCAUGGGGGCACCAACAGUGACAGUGAAAAAUCGAAUGUUUUGAGGAAGUUGCUCAAGAGGGCCAAUUCGUACGAAGACGCCAUAAUGCCUUUCUCUGGCGCUACCAUCAUCUCUCAGUUACUGAAGAAUAACAUGGGGAAGAAUGGAGGGAGUGACUCAGGUUUCCAGGGAAGUGGAGCUCUGUCCAGUGGAGGCUCAGAGAUUCAGGCCGAAGACGCCUGCAGCAACUCCUCCCGUGACGGGGACAGCCCCUCUGACUGCCUCUCUCCAGGGCCUCCUCUUCCACCUCCACCUUCCUCCUCCUCCUUCGGGCGGCCACCGCCACCUUCGAGCCAUAACUCCCAUGCUCCUUCUCAGCCCCUCUCCCUCUCUUCCUUCGACUUGGACAGGCUGUCAGACGAGCACCUUCGUGCCAAGCGCGCCCGUGUGGAAAACAUCAUCCGCGGCAUGAGUCACUCACCAUUGGUCCGGCCCAACGCCGGCGACCACAACCAAGAAAGCAACCGUGAGAACGAGAACAGCAGCAACAGCAGCAACAACAGCAACAGCAGUAAUGACCACAGAGGAGACGCCAACAGCCACAACAUCAGCAGCCACGACCACAGGCGGAGCAAUGGCCCUUCUUCCCUCCUGAACUCUCCGGGUUCACGGGGUGGGGUGGUCAGCGUUGGUGAGGUUUACAGGGAGAAUAAGAGAAAGCAGCGCCUGCCACAGCAGCAACACAGCUUCACCCAGCUGGUGUGUUCAAGGCAGGAGCAGAGGCAGGAAGAGAGACGGCAACUCAAACUGCAACUGGAGGACAUGCAGAAACAGCUGCGUCAACUCCAGGAGAAGUUCUACCAGAUCUACGACUCAGAGACUGAGGAAGAGGAAGAGAACGGUGAGAGCGGAGAGGUCGACCGAGGUAGAGACAGAGAGGAGGACGGCAACUUGUCAGAGGACAGUAUCCGCUCUGAUGGCCUGGAGGAGAGACACAGAGACAGAGGACGGCAUAGCCAUGACGACCUGUCUGAGCUGGACCCAGGCCUGUUCCUGGACAGGGCCCGAGCCCUCCUCCGAGAACAGGCUCUGAUAGAUGGAGAAAUAGAGGAGGAUGUGGACGGCAGGGAGCAUGAGGAGAGGAAUGGAGAAAGGGUGAUGAAGAGCAGAGGAGGAGCAGCUGGAGGAGGGGGAGGAGGAGGAAGGCAGUUAGCGGAGACGCUGAAGCAGGAGCUGAACUGCGCCGUGUCGCAGGUUGUCGACACGGUCGUCAAGGGCUUCUCCUCACCCAAGCAGGCUAUCAGUCACCAUCACGGCUGCCACAGCAGCACACCAGCUGCACCCUCCUCUUCCUCCAACUCAUCCUCUUCCUGUCCUCCACCUUUCGGUCCCCUUCCCUCCCUCACCCCGGACUCGCGCUUUGGCGGUGGCGCCCUGGCCCUCAGUAUGAAUGGCGACGGCAGUCCCACCCCUAACUACCACUCCUCCAACCAGAGGCUGCACUGCUUCAGCGAUGUUAUCGUCCCAAGCCCGCUGGAUUCGUUCGGUGGUUUAAGUGGAAGACUGAGCGGUGUGCCAACGCCCAACGACCAAACAGAGGCACUGCCGCUGGUGGUGCGCAAGAGCGGUGGAGGGGGUGGAGGAGAAAGCACCAACCUCUCUUCCUCUCUUCCUCCUCCUCCUCCUCAUCCUUCCCUCCACCCUUCUCCCCUCACGGCCUCGCUUGGGUUUAGCCCUCCUUCAUUUCGCCACCCGUUCCCUCUUCCCCUUAUGGGUUACCCCUUUCAGAACCCCCUGGGGUCACACGGUGGAGGAUCCGGUUAUCCCCCAGGGCCCAAGGACCUCCAUCGGUCCUCCCCUGAUUCCAUGGACAUGACCCGAGAAACUGUCAGCCUCAGAACCAAAAUGGCAUCCCUUGGAGGAGGCCAUCUUAGCCACCACCAUCACCACAGGCAGAGCUCACCGAGCCAACAUGGGCCGGAGGGUCUGUCCCUGUCCCUCAUCAAGUCUGAGUGUGGGGACCUGCAAGACAUGUCCGACAUAUCGCCCUACUCAGGCAAUACCAUUCAGGAGGGCUUGUCUCCCAACCACCUGAAGAAGGCCAAGCUGAUGUUCUUCUACACCCGCUACCCUUCCUCCAACAUGCUCAAAAUGUUCUUCUCCGACGUCAAGUUCAAUCGCUGCAUCACCUCCCAGCUGAUCAAGUGGUUCAGCAACUUCAGGGAGUUCUACUACAUCCAGAUGGAGAAGUUCGCCCGGCAGGCCAUCAACGAGGGCGUGACCGCUUCAGAGGAGCUGACGGUGGGCCGCGAUGCAGAGCUCUUCAGGGCGCUCAACAUGCACUACAACAAGGCCAACGACUUUGAGGUUCCUGAUCGAUUUCUGGAGGUGGCCCAGGUGACUCUUCGCGAGUUCUUUAAUGCCAUCGUGGCUGGGAAGGAUGCAGACCCAUCCUGGAAGAAGGCCAUCUACAAGGUGAUCUGCAAACUGGACAGCGAGGUUCCCGAGGUCUUCAAAUCUCCUAACUGUCUACAAGAACUCCUCCAUGACUGACGAAAGCGAGGGAGGAAACACUGCAAGCAAGACAAACCUCCAAGGACCGUGAGAAGACUGGAAGAAAAUGCCUUCCAAGGCGCAGUUAGACUAGGUUGAGGUCUUCAAUGAAAUGCGUUUUAAGGUGUUUGACAUUCAUGACGCGAUGCAGAGACUUGAAGUGAUUCUACGUGGAGGCUUCUGGAGGGGUUUGCUGGUGGUUGUUUUUGUUCAGCCCAUCUUUUAAAAACAAAACUGCCCUCAAAAUGUUUUCUAAAGAAAAAAAAUCCUCUUCAACAACUUCUACGAGGGCUCGGACUUAUGAGGCAGACGAUGUUCAAAUUUACAAAUUAUGUUGAGACUUUUAUAAAUUAAAAGCAAAACAGUGAAAAUUGAACCUCCUUGCACUUACAGGAAAGCUCCUCCUCGCUGAAAUCCCGUCUCCUCUUUCUCCUCCACCUCGGCCAAGCUUGCUCUUACUCCCUCUCUGGAGGAACAAAGGCAUGAGGAAAGAAGAUGGAUCAAUCCUCAGCCCAUGACUGGGGGUCCGGAGCGAACUAAAAAUGAAGAAGAUAAUAUAUAAAAAUCUUUUUAUUGUGGAUGUUUUAAGUUACAUGGACAUUUUUGAAAAAAAAGUGGUGUUUCUGUAUUUUUUCUCCUUUGUAUAAGCUUACAGCCUCUCUUCUAUAAACCCUCAUUCACACACACACAACCACAAACAUAUGCUCUUAUAUGCACACACACAUACAUACAUACAUACACAAACACACACACACACGCACGCACGCACACACACACACACACACACACACACACACACACACACACACACACACACACACACACACACACACACACACACACACACACACACACACACACACACACACCUCUUGAAUAGGAAAGCACAGUAGCAUUCCCAAAUCCUUAACCAAACCCAGACCAACUGGGCAACAAACUUAGUUGUUGUUUAUUUCCCUUCUUUUCCCCCUCCUCUUUUUACUCCCCCCUCUUCUUACUGUACUGAGACGUACUGGGUGUUUUUUGACUGUGUGGCUCUCCCUGCCCCACCCUUCCCUGACCGCCCUCUAGACUCAUGUUGCAUUCAGGCACCCAGAGCAUCAAAGACAAAAUAUUUCACAGUCCCACUUUUCACAAUAUUAGAAAAAGAGUUGCUUCAAACCUGAGACAAACCAUAGGGAAAUCUUGUUUUAAGCCGUCAUGAAUCUGCUCCGUUAACCUUGGUUGCUGCACUUAUUUUACAAAACUACAGCACGGCCAACACUAAUACCAAUAUUGGAGAAUGCCCCAACCUCCAAGACAUUUUUGACAAGGAACCAUGACAUUUUUUAUGUAGGAUUUGUGACAAAGUUAUGUACUGAGUGGGACAUUUUAUCGUUAACAAAUACACUUCAGUAUUUCUGGUGGACAAACUAUGUAAUGGCAACACUGUUUCUGGCAUUUCUGUUCUUUAAUUUCUGGCAAAGAAAAACACGAGUAUCUACAACCCCGAUUUCAAGAAAGUUAGGAUGUCGUGUAAAACAAAUAAAAACAGAAUGCAGUCGUUUGCAAACAAACUGUGCUCACUGACAACGAUUUUAAGAAGUGUUCCUGAGCCCAGGUAUUAAUCUCCU